AUGAUGUGCGAGGUUACGAUACCUUUCCACUCUCUUGCAGUGCUACUGCCAGACCAUGAAGAUAUCAUCUUCAAAACAGACCGCAAAUGGUCGCAACAAUCCCCGCCGAAGUUGAGGGCAUCGCUGAAAUGCGACAGUAUGCCCAAAAUGAUAUAUACCAUGCCAGCAACAGCAUGUGAAGUACGGUUCAAACAGGCAAAUAACCUGCUAUAUCACAUCAACUGCUAUACAACGUGGAGCGUGCAGGAUAAGUGCGAAGGUGUUGCCCUGGUCACUUUACCGUUGGAGCUCGGCGAUUCAUCCCCUGAAUCAUUUGCUCUAUCUGACGAACACAAAGCUAUGAUAAAGCAAUUGUCAAACGAUUGUGAUAUCGAGUUUAUCCUUACAAGAGGGGACUGCUACAAAACUGCAAAGGCGGGCGCUCAUAUCUACGCUCAUAUCAUAGGCGAAGACAAAAACGUUUCAGAUGCAAAAUCGUUCGUGGCCGUGCUCUUGGAUAAAAUUACAGCAGCACCGGAACGCGAACUGUUCUUGGAUGUUAUGGAGCUCGACUCUGUGUCUCUGGUGCCUCUAGUGAUAGGUCACAACGCCAAUAAUUUACCCCUGUUGAAAAAUACUCUGUUGACAAAAGUAUACCCGCCCUCAUUGAACUCUGACGCUAGACAGCUCCUUUUCACAAGUACCUCGGCACCAAUGCUAGCUCAAACAAAGGACAUAAUCGGCCAGCAUAUCUCUGCGCUGACGAAAACGUCACUGUACUACGGAAGGCUUCCAAACGUGCCACUUCUCAAACUAAUCUACAUCGAAAAGUUCAAAACCAACUCAAUCAUGACAUUGAUGAUACGAUUUCAAACGUACAUUAAGUUGAAUAUGGAUAGUAUGUUUGUUGAAUUUCAGGCCGUGACACCGACAAUAUUACAGACUGUCAUGAAAGUGUUCACUGUGCAGAUACUACAACCAAUCAUGGAAUUGUGCAUAACGUACAAACAGGGCACCUCAAUAAAUAAAAAAGAUUCCCUGAAACUGUUCGAUAACUUUACAGUGUGCUCUAUCUUGAAAAAAGACCCUAUACCGCGGAUCACUUUAGUCUCAGAGUAUACAAUCCUAAACAGUAUUCUCCCCAAGAUUUUGAACUUUGAAAGUAAUCAGUUAAGACAAAUGAAACUGAUAUGCCAGGUGCAUUCCGAAUUCCAUGAUUUUGUAUGCGGGAAGAAGAGCGGCAAAUUGACUAGAAUAAUGGACCGAUUUGAAAAAUGUUUGAUACAACUGACCAAUGACGACAUCAACGGAGUGGCCAACCCCAUCAUGAUGAAUCUCUGUCUGAUAAGUGAUUCCCGCGAACAGUUCCCACAGUGUUUCAAGUAUAUGGUAGACGAAUUACCAGCAGAGAAGCUCUUUUAUCUCCCAGAGUUAUUCCACAGACCCAUUAUUGGCACGGGAGGCUCGAUUAUCCAAACAAUCAUGAGAAAACAUAACGUUUUCAUACAGUUUUCCAAUAGUUUUUUGCUCCCUCAGGGGAAACUGGCGUUGACUCGCUACGAUAACGUCCUUAUCAGAUGCCCAAACAAGAACAAAGAAAGUAUUGACCCUGCCAGGAUCGAGUUGCUAACGCUUAUGGACAACUUCAAUAUGGUACAGUACGAAGAGACCUUGAAUUUGACCCCCUGCAUGUUUAAUGACAUCGUAUUAUUCAAAGACUUAAACUGUAUACCUCAGUUGGAGAAAAAAUACAACGUCUUCGUCAAAUUCCCAAACUAUGUAUCGAAGGAGUCUAAAUUAUCCAUCCAUGGCUUAGACCAAGUAGUCUGCAAAAACGCAGCCAACGAAUUAAAGAACCUUCUAUGGAGUAAAGAAGUGAAAAUAGUACUACCCUCCAAGUUCGAAGAUUUUGCUGCCGAGAAUAAGCUUGCAAUCACGAACGAAAUAAUCAUGCCGUUUCAAAGAAUAUGGAAAUCUAUUAUUAUACAGGGGAAGAAUACUCUGUCUAUGACGUACAACCAGGAAGAGGAUUUAGUUCAUCAGUUGGAUGUUCUUUCGGAGUACUUACUAUCUAGGGACAUUGAAUUAGUCGAAACUGUAAAGGUUUGA